UCAAGACUCCGGAGGAACCCGUUCAGACCAAUUUUUGAAGCCCAAAAGCCUGGUCUCGAUGGAUUCCUCCAAAGUGUUACAAUCCUAUUUGAAUAGACUGGAAGGGAUGGGCGAUCCUUUCGGCCCAUAAGCCUAUAACUCCCCUAGUCCUACAGAUUGCUACUGUGAGUAGCCUCGGUACAGAAAAAUAAGAGACAAUACUUAUUCCGGCAAUCGCUGUUUCACCAAUUCCCGAUCCGAUCUCCCUGUCGCAAUGGAAGCGGAUGCACCAUCCGACCCGCUGACGAACCAGUUCGGCACAAUCGAUGACCUUGCGCACGACCUGGGUUCCAUCCAGGACCUGGCGGCCCGUGGCUCCUGGAGAACCAUUCUAGACAAGGUCGCACGCGCGCGAGCCCUCUCGCUCCUCCGCAACCCCCACGAGCACCUCACUUACCUCUCCUUCCAAGUCCUCGCCCUCGCCAAACUACGACGUUUCAACGACGCCUCCGCCGAGCUCGACUCCCUCCAGGACCUCGACGGUCCAAUCUACCGGUACCAAUCUUACCCCACCGUCUACCCCAAUCGCUCUGGUUCCAUGGUGCCUUUCUGCCUCCGCUGGCUCCAAGCCCUCAUCCCCGUCAAACUCGGGCAACGCCAACUAGGCCUCGACCGCUUCUACAUCCUUCUCGACUUCGUUCGCUCCAAACUGAUGACAAAAGAACAGGAAGGGAUUUCUGUGAAUAUCUGGAAGAAGAGGGAGAUUUUCGUGAUUAACGCGAUUAUCGGGCACCAUUUGAGCAACAAGGAGUUUUCCGUGUGCUUGGAUCUGAUCCAACAUUUGCUCGGCCCCGAUUCUUCAAACCCCAUUCUGUUGUCGAAGCUCGGUUACAUUCAAAUGCAAACUGGGGACCUGGAAAGCGCGAAGAGCUCGUUUAAUCGUGUCGAGGCGUUGAUGAAAGAGGGCAAGCGUGAUGAGCUGUUGAGUGAGAUUGAGUUCAAGAACCUCGUGAAUAGGAACAAGGCGAUGGUGUAUAUGGUGGGGAAGGACUACGUCUCGGCGGUGAGGGAGUUGGAAGAGUGCAUUGAGAGGGACCCUAUGGACGUGGUGGCGAUCAACAACAAGGCGCUUUGCUUGAUGUACUUGAGGGACUUGCCGGAUUCGAUUAAGGUGCUGGAGAAUGCUCUCGAGAGGGUGCCCACCGUGGCGCUCAACGAGACGGUCGUGGUGAAUUUGUGUAGUAUGUACGAAUUGGCUUAUGUCAAUCAUUCCGAUAUCAAGAGGACGCUCAGUAGUUGGAUUGCUCGGGUUGCUCCCGAUGACUUUGACUCGUCUUGUACUCGGAUUUGAGAAGCUGUUAUAGGCAUCAAGGUAUUCUCCUGUCCUGCAAAACCUGUGGCCCUUUUGGAGGCAUUCAUUUUAUAGAUGAGUGUUUACCAGGUUGAUCUGCCACCUCAACAUAUUUGUCAAUUAAAGAUAUUGGGCGGCGAAAGUGUUCUGCUUAUAAUAUAGCCAUAUAUGCACUUGAUUGCUGUAGCGACUAACUUGGAAGCACAAACAAUCGAGAUCUGAUACGAAGCUUGUUUGGAUGGGGCUGUUGAUAUUCAGAAUGCUAUAAUAUGAGAUAUUGGGUUCCACUUCCUCUUGCUCUUUUGCUCAUUGAUAUCCAGCAGCCACACCAGAUGGGAAUGUCAGAGGAUCAAGUGUCCUGCUGGGGUAGGCUUGGCAGAGGAUCAUGCAGCUUUCUCUAUGUUUUUUUAAUUUGACAUGAGUCUUCACUAUCAAGAUGCUUUAGAAACAUUGGCAGUAACCUAACUCUCCAAAAUGUGAAGAGAGAGUUAUUCCACUUGCACGGUAGGUGUGGAGUUGGUUGUUUUGGUCCAUCUUCAUUGCCUUAAUAUUUUCUUGGUACAAAAUAAGGUUAUGCACCUGGAGUACUGUUUGGAUUGUUC